AGCAGGCAACCAUGUCUCUGGUUCCUGAGUGUCUCAGAUGCCCACCCUGGGCCAUGUGUCUGGGGGACAGGGCACCACAGGGGUUCCUCCUCCAGACAUGCUCCACGAGGCGGGCUCCCUGUGGCUGCUCCGGCUGCUCCAGGACAUCCAGCUGGCCCAGUUUUACCGACCCAUCCUUGAGGAGCUUAAUGUUACUCGGCCAGAGCACUUCGACUUUGUAAGACCUGAGGAUCUGGACGGCGUUGGCAUGGGCCGGCCUGCCCAGCGUAGACUGGCUGAAGCUCUGAAGAGGCACCGUUCGGGGCUCAAGUCUAAGAACUGGGUCUACAAGAUCCUUGGGGGCUUUGCCCCAGGGCAGAAGGAGACCACCCCACCCUCAGACAGCCUUCCAUCCCUCCCUGAGCCAGAUGGGGGACUCAAGUGUCUCAUCCCAGACCGGGCUGUGUGCAGAGGGGAGCUUCUGGGCUCCGGCUGCUUUGGUGUGGUGCACCGAGGGCUGUGGACACUGCCCAGUGGCAAGGCUGUCCCAGUGGCUGUCAAGUCCCUCCGGGUGGGUCCCGAAGGCCCCGAGGGCACUGAGCUAGGGGACUUCCUGCGAGAGGUAUCCAUCAUGAUGAACUUGGAACACCCACACUUGCUGUGUCUGCACGGCCUCGUACUGGGCCAGCCUCUGCAGAUGGUGAGCAGACCCAGACGCCAGCUCCCGGGACAGUCCCGGGGGCCGAUGUGCGACAGGAGGGUGAGCGCCAGGGUCUCGUGUGGCCGGACCACCGCUCGCACGGCUGUGCUCCCACAGGUGAUGGAGCUGGCGCCCCUGGGCUCUCUGCACGCACGCCUGACCGCCCCGGCCCCCACGCCCCCGCUGCCCGUGGCCUUGCUCUGCCUCUUCCUGCAGCAGGUGGCGGGGGCCAUGGAGUACCUGGGGGCCCGCGGGCUGGUGCACCGAGACCUUGCUACGCGCAACUUGCUGCUGGCUUCACCGCGCACAAUCAAGGUGGCUGACUUCGGGCUGGUGCGGCCGCUGGGCGGCGCUCAGGGCCACUACGUCAUGGGCGGACCCCGCCGCAUCCCCUACGCCUGGUGUGCGCCGGAGAGCCUGCGCCACGGGGCCUUCUCUUCUGCCUCGGACGUGUGGAUGUUUGGGGUGACGCUGUGGGAGAUGUUCUCCGGGGGCGAGGAGCCCUGGGCCGGGGUCCCGCCGUACCUCAUCCUGCAGCGGCUGGAGAAGGACCGAGCCCGCCUGCGUAGGCCUCCGCUCUGCUCCAGGGCCCUCUACGCCCUCGCCUUGCGCUGCUGGGCCCCCCACCCUGCUGACCGGCCCACCUUUUCCUACCUAGAAGGGCUGCUCCAAGAGGCCUGGCCUCCUGAGGGACGUUGUAUGAGGGACGUCACAGAGCCCGGUGCCCUGAGGAUGGAGCCUGGUGACCCCAUCACUAUCAUCGAGGGCAGCCCCGACUCCACAACCUGGAAGGGCCAGAAUGGUCGCACAUUCAAAGCGGGCAACUUCCCAGCCUCGGCAGUGACGCUGGUAGACUCACCAGCCACCCGUCCAGUCCUCAGAGGCUCCCCUGCCCGGGGAGAGCGACACCAGGGAAACACAGAUGGGGACAGAGUGAAGGUAAAGCUUCGGGAUCCCCCUCCAGCUCGGGGCCAGAGAAGGGAUGUGGCCCUGCAGAGGACGAAAGGCAUUUCCAAGAGUCUGGAGUCGGUUCUGUCCCUGGGCCCCCGCCCCACAGGAGGUGGGUCGAGCUCCCCCGAACUUCGACAUGCCAGAACUGUGCCCCCCCGCUCCCCCGUAGCCACCAGCUCCUCUUCCCAGCCCAGCCAGCCUCCCAGGGAGCGGCCUCCCUGGCCCAAAAGAGAACCCCUACACAGUCACCCUGUGGGAGUGCCUGGAGCCAGCAAAGCCACCGUCCCCUCUGGGGGACCCUUGCCUGACCCCGAGUUGCAGAGGAGGAUUAUGGAGGUGGAGCUGAGCGUGCAUGGAGUCACCCACCAGGAGUGCCAGGAGGCUCUAAGAGCCACCAGGGGUGACGUGGCUUCUGCCAUCCGGAACCUCAAGGUACAGCCACACCCUUCUCUCGGGUCCCUGCCCCUCCCAGCCUGGCCCUCUGGCCGCCAGCUGCCUUUCCUCUCGUCCCCACAGGUGGACCAGCUCUUCUAUCUCAGCAGCUGGUCCAGAGCGGACUGCCGGCGCAUCCUGGAGCGUUACCAGUGGGACCUCUCAGCUGCCAGUCGCUACGUCCUGGCGCGGCCCUGAGCUCUGCUCCUUUGGGCACAGACACCAGAUGGACCAAGGGCCUGGUCACGUGGGACCAAGCAGAACCGGAACAAGGUCCUGACAGGGUGUGUUCCCACCUGGGGAGAGCCUGCCAUGGGCAGGUACCGGAGGAGCCCAGGAUCGGGCACUGGUGAGUGUCUCCUCACCCUGCCCGUUGGUCUCUGAGGGCAUGAGCUCCCUUGGCCAUAGGAGGAUCUAGUGCACUCUGCCCACCACAUUCCCAACAAAGGAGGACUUCGAGGAACAGAGCUGCGACACGUCACACCCAUGGGAAGCUUCUAUCGCUACAGAAAAUGAGCAAGAGGCCGUUCUGGGCCGCGGGAACAAGCAUCCUGAACUGCCAUCAGCUACCACACUGGGCUCUGUGGGAGCAGCCAUCCUGACUCGGGGCAUAUGGACCGAACUGCCUUGGCUUGGUCUGGGGCCGUCAUGGGUGAUGAAAGUGGCUCUCUUGGACUCGAGGACACUUGAUCCUGGCAGCAUGGAUUAGGAGAUGGGCCAGCCCCCGCCCAUCCAAGCUGUCAUAUUUCCUUUUGUUUCUUCCCACACCCAACUCUUUCUCCUGCCCUCUCCCACUACAUACAUCUUCCAAUGUCCAAAAAGUUACAAAGUUUAUACGAAUAUAACAUACAAAGGUGCAGCCUCCUUCCUAAGGAAGGGGUAGGAAGGGGUGGUAAGGCACAGGAAGUUGCAGCAAGCACCAGCUGAGGGAGAGGAAGUCGGCAUCGGGGCCCUGGCCCUAUAGCUAUCGGGGCGGGGGGUGUAGGGAUCCCCCUCAGAGCGCCAUCAUCUGAGGCUGAACUAAUUGGCCAAGCUGAUGCGGGGAGAGGGUGACCGGGUCAGCCGUCUUCGGUGCUGCUUGACCUUCCCCACCCCAGCCCUGUCAUAAAACCCUGCAUUCUAAGGCCUCAUCUGGAGCAGAGGCCCUGGAGGGGGUUGGGAGAAAGUCAGCAGGGAAGGUUGGAAAGCCGAUACGCCCGUGUGCUGAGGG